AUGGGCCAGACGUCGCUCCCCCAAACCCCUCACAACCACAAUAUCCACAAUGGCGCCGGUGCAUUUGUUCAACCACCAGCAAUGACAACCCCCAGUGCCUCGAGACCUCCCUUCACCACUCCGACGCGGCCUGCUCAGCUCCCCGGUCAAAUGCAGGCGCAGACCCCCCCGGUACCUCACCAACUACAGUCGUCUCCAUCCCCACACCCACCCCAGCCAACACCGGCAGCUCAAGCCGCUCAAGCUGCUCAAGCUGCUGUUUCUGCCCGAGAAAAGGCUCGCGUCACGGUCCUGUUAGAUAUCAACUCUGCGCUCCUUCAAGAGGUCGUAAACCUACAAUCAUCCGGGAAAACCGGCGUUUCGAACCAACCAGCCACCACGCCAGCUCAAGACCAGCAGACUACCGCCUCCCCAACCGAGCCGUCGGCCUCACAAUCUCAGGGCUCGGGUUCACAGCCAGCCAAACCUGCCACCAAAUCGACCCAAGAAUACGUCGAUUGUAUGCGUCGUUUACAGGCCAAUCUGGCUUAUCUUGCGACGGUUGCAGAUCGGGCUAAGAAAACGGGAGUGGCAGCACCCUUGGCUCCUGCCAUCUUGACCCCUCCGCCGAGUAUGCCUAGCUUGAUUGCCGCAUACACGCAGUUGAACGAGCUUUUCCCCGACGCUGCGAAACUUGCAGCACACGCGCAAGCACAGCAACGUCAGAUGCCGACACAGAAUAUACCCCAGUUGAUGCCACAGACUUCACAGCCAACUCAUAUUUCAGACGGAAUGGUACCAGGAACCACGGGAGCGAUGAAUGGGUGA